AUGAAUUCAUCCAAUCCUGAGAGAACCUACGCUCGAUGGCCUCUCCGAGACGUACCUCGCACACCGGCGACAGACGUCCUGCCCAUAGGACCUGAAGCAGAUGGAAUUCCGACGGUCUUUGAUGAUGAUUCACGAACAUUAGUUGAUCCGGUGCACUAUCGGCCUGGAGGGAAAUAUCAUUCCAUUGUCAAGCUCCAGAUUCGAUUUGAAGGCCAGGAUGCCAGCGACACGCGUCAUGCUCAAGCUACAGGAUGGCUAAUUAUGCCCCAUCUCAUCAUCACCGCCGCCCACUGCGUUUACGACCAUACACACGACUUUGGCAAAGCUGUCCAGGUCCGCGCUUUCGUGGGAUAUAAUGGCAAGAACUCUGUUGACCAGGCCGGCCUUCAAUUCCGUAGGGGUCUCAAGGUCGUCGUUCCGAAAGACUGGAUAAUCAGUGACACCAACCUCGCAAGUGACGUCGCAUUCAUAAUAGUGGAAGAAUUCAACGAUAUAGUGCGUAUUGCCCAGCAACCCACUGCAGGGAUCGUGAACAAGAUGCUUUUGAGCGUGGUUGGAUACCCGUGCGACAAAUUCUUGGGUGAUGAACGAGGAGCGCAAAUGUAUGAGAUGACCAAAAGGAUAGAUUGCGAUCUGUCGAAAACGGCUUUCAAUUUGCUCGAACACACGAUAUCUUUUGCAAGUGGUCAAUCCGGAUCCCCAGUCCUCAUCAGCGGCGAAAGCAAGGCUAUCGGCGUCUCUUCAUAUGGCUCCGGAACCAGGAACACAGCAACUGUGUUUCGGGGUAGAUUCGGAACCUAUCUAAGCGGCAUGUCUGCUGUCAUGUUUGGCCUGGAUCGUGCUCCUGCUGGCAGCGAAGAUAUCAGAUACACCAUGACCAUAGGCCGCCCAGAGGGUAGUGUGACAGAAGAGCCUCUCAGUGACGGUAAAACCUUUUGGGCAAUUUUCAGGAAGGUUACCAGCGUCGGCCAAAGAGUAGAUCAUUCGAUAUUACGAACUGGAUUCCCUUUCAUGGGCCAGGUUGGCGGUCCUAUCGCUGCCGUUGCAGGCACCGCACUCGGUGUGAUAAGCAAGCUGGGUGCAGACACUUCAAUCGACGUUGGGUCCGUCCAUGUCAACUACAGACAGUGUGCUGCACGUGCGAUCGUCGCAGAGGCUGCAAUGCAGACAAUCAUAAAGAUGGAUCCUCAUAAGGUAAACGAUUACAGAAUCUUCGACAAGAUGGAGGAUCAAUUCCCCGAGACGAAGGAUGUUGUUCCCAGGAUUGCAAAACUCAUCACUCCUGGAAUUGUCGAGUCAGCGCUUCGGAUCUCAGUCAAUGCGCAAGGGGCGGGCGAGGGAAUGUCAAGACUCUACCCAAAGCUCCCUCCCGUGAGCGGUUCUCUGACCGACCAUGCCAAAAGCUUUACUGAUGCUUUUACACGGUAUACAAAUCAAGGUGAUGGUAAUGAGAUGUCUGAGUUUCUUGCAAGCAUCGUCAAAACCGCUUUAGUUGCUACACCUCCCAAAAUGGACGACAUUACUCGAACCAUCGGCGAGUCAGAACUGAGCGUCACCGACAUGUCGACUCAUAUCGAGAUUCUGUGUCACAGAGCUCUCAUCGGUGACAUUUGUCUACGAAGCCUAAUAGCUAUACCUCUCGAUCAAAUGAUGCAGAAUGGCUUGUUUGAUCAUUUUGUCGCUACUGUUGGAAAUAUUGGGAAAACGGUCCUUGAAGUCGCUCCUGUUGUCACACAAAAUAUUUUCAACAGUAUCAAGCAGGACGAAUAA